CGAACGACCGAUUGCGGCGUGCGCAGGCCCAUCCACGCCGUCUGCCUCUUGCCCAACCCGUUCCGCCCAUCGAUCCGCUCCCGUCUCCAUCGCCAUCUUCCCAGUCAUGAGCAAUCCGAAAGUUCUUGUCUUCACAGACUUUGACGGCACCGUCAGCACAGCGGAUACUGGAAACGUCAUCGUGGACCGCUUCAUGGGCCCCGAGCGAAGAAAGGCGCUGGAUACCCAGGUGCUCGACGGCGUGACAUCGUACCGAGAUGCAGUCCGGGAACAGUGGAAGUCGGUCAAGGCGAGCCUCGAGCAUGCCAUGGAUCUUCUCUCAGCUGUUGAAAUCGACCCCGACUUUCCCGAGUUCCAUAGCUACUGUAUCCAGCACAAGAUUCCUGUUACCGUCGUCAGCAGCGGCCUCCGCCCUAUUGUUGAGGCCUUCAUGAAGGACUAUUCCGAAAGCGAGCAUGGCGGACUCUUUGACAUUGUCGCCAACGACAUCAGCAUCGACGCCGAUGCAGGCUGGGACAUCAUCUAUCGGGACGAAACCCCGCACGGCCACGACAAGUCCCUCACGUUGCGAACAAUCACCGAGCGCUAUCUUUCUGCCGACACCGCCCAGCGGCCCGUAGUGGUUUUUGUGGGCGAUGGCAUCUCCGACAUCAGCGCUGCCCGCGAGGCCGAUGUCAUCUUUGCAAAGAGCGGAAAGGACCUGGAGACUUGGUGCCAGCGCGAGAACGUUCCGUUCAUCGCCUGGGAUCGCUUCGGCAUCGUUCUGGCGCAUCUGAAGCAGAUCGUCGCGGCCCAGCGAGCCUGAGUGCGUGCACCGCGGCCGACCAUGCGAUCGAUUCCAGAUGCGGGUGCCAUUGUGGAAUGUCAUUGCGGAAUGCCAUUGUGGAAUGUCAUCGUGGCAUUCAGUCGGCAGACGCAAUCAUGGAGCGCAACGGUGCGGAUGCAACCAUGGAAUACACCCGGGCGAUGCAGUCGAAGAACGCAGAACAUCCCGCAUCUCCCUCGCUCGUCGUUCGAUCGUCGUUCGUUCUGCUCUUCGCCAAAACCUGCAUCCGCAGCGUCGCUCGCUGCAUGGCAUCCCCAGCACGCCCUUCUCGUCCGUGUCCUCGCCCUCGUCGAUUCGCCGCGACCGGCUGUUGCUUCCGGCCGUGGCUUCUGCCCCCACCCACCCGCCCGCCAGCACCGCC